GGUCCGCCGGUCGCAGCCGCGCACGCCCUGGCGCCCCGAGGUUUCCCCUGCGGGAGGGUCCGUGUGCAGCCCGCAGCGCAUUAGAUCGAGAGGUGGUGUGCCGACAGAAAGGAUCCGAAAUACAGGAAGGUACGUCGCUUUAAAAAGUUUUUGAAAAUGCAGUGAUGGUUGCUUCUUUAGGAAAGCACAUGGGCGCAAUUCUCCGUACGCACUUAAAAAUACAAGCGAUUGCGCCCUGAUUGCCAAGGAGCUCUUCAGCGCGGUGGCGGGAAUAUUCUCUACCUUGUCUGGGGGUGAUGAUGACAGAGGAACUAAGAUGUCAAAAUUGGUAGAAACUACACUGAAGAUCUGCGUAUUGUAUCGAGUGUACCCGGCACGUCAGUUGAAAAAAAAUCGCACAUACAUCUGCUCGCAUAGAAAAAGCUAAUAAGUAAGCCUGUUGCGCCCGGAAAAAGCCGCUACAGCGCAGCUGUAGAUACGCAUUUUGGCAACUGAGCGCGACUCCGUGGGGUUGUUUAUUUUUGCAAGAUGGGCCCGGCCGGGAAAGGGGAGCGAGAGGGCUGCUGACAUCACUCGGGGCGGGGCGCAGAGCGGAGAAAAGUCGGAGGGACCCGAGCCGCCCCGGCACAGCCUCAGCAUGAGCAGCCACAACGCGUCUGAGCUCCCCAUCCUCUGCAGUUCCGGCCAGCUGCUUCUGCAGCCGCUCUGGGACCGAGUGCGGGCCCGGGAGGCGCUCACGCAGUCGCCCUUGUUCGCGGUCCUCUUUUCCAUCACCACGUACGUGGGCUUCUGCCUGCCCUUCGUGGUGCUGGACGUCCUGUGCCCCUGGGUGCCCGCGCUGCGGCGCUACAAGAUCCACCCAGACUUCUCGCCGACGGCGCGGCAGCUGCUGCCCUGCUUGGGGCAGACCCUCUACCAGCACGUGGUGUUUGUGCUCCCCUUGACGCUGCUGCACUGGGCCCGCGGCCCGGCGCCCUGGCCCCGCGAAGCCCCCGAGCUGCUGCAGCUGGCGCGCCACGUCGUGGGCUGCCUGCUGCUCUUCGAUGCCGAGUUCUUCGCGUGGCACGUGCUGCACCACAAGGUGCCAUGGCUCUACCGCACCUUCCACAAGAUGCACCACCAGAACGCAGCCUCCUUCGCGCUGGCCACGCAGUACAUGAGCGCCUGGGAGCUCUUCUCCUUGGGCUUCUUCGACAUGGUGAACGUCACGCUGCUCCAGUGCCACCCUCUUACCGUCCUGGUGUUCCACGUGCUCAACAUCUGGCUGUCGGUGGAGGACCACUCCGGCUACGACUUCCCCUGGUCCACGCACAGACUCGUGCCUUUCGGAUGGUACGGCGGCGUGAGGCACCACGACCUGCACCACUCGCAGUUCAACUGCAACUUUGCCCCUUACUUCACGCACUGGGACAAACUCUUGGGGACUCUGCGGUCAGCUCAUGCCAAGUGACUCACAGCCUCCCUCCCAGGCUGCGGUGGGUUGGCGCAGGGGGUGCCUCCCCCCACUCCGACCCAGGACUGCCGCAGGGCACUUCACACUUGAAUCAGAAGAAACACACCUGAGCUGUUGUGUCUUGUUUGGGUUUUGUAAGUAAUUUAUUACCUGCUGGAGACUUAAAAUCUGAUGUAUUUUUAGUCUGAUUAAGUAAUUUAUAUGGUUUCUGUAUAUUGGCAAUUGUAUUCUUGGAGUCAAAGUCUAUCUCACUUCAAUAGCCUUGGUUCCCAGAUAUAUUAGACGCUCAUCACUGGCAUAUUUAAAUCAUCUCAAAAAGGACUUGAUUGUAGGACACGGAAGGUCCUGUGUUUCAAAGUGUCAUAGAAAUGGGCUAAAAUAAUGUCUUCUUAUGGAGUGUAGGAUCUCUGACUCUAUUAGCAACAAACAUGUUCCUGCUGGACAGUGAUCACAAUUGUUGUGCUUUUUUCUAUUUUUUCAUGUAACAAUAUAUUUAUAUUGAAAGAAA